AGCGAGAGCACGCAGUAGGAGACGAUGAUCAGCCACUUGAGCACCGGUGGGAAGCAGAGGGUGGUGGCGGUCACCAGGGGCAGGGCACCUGAAAGUAGCGAAAGCAAGAGUCGGAGAGCGGAAGAGAUUAUCACCACCGCAGAGCACUCGGAGGUAAUCAGAACGGCAGGUCCAGCUUAUCGCUGGCAGCUUCAGUGAGAAUCCAAAUCUCGAACGCGAUGGAAGUUCGUCAUCCGGCUUCCGUUUGUAUAAUCUUGGUCGCCUUGGCCCUCGGAUCGUUGGCCCUCCAGGGCGGCCACUUCAAGGAGCUGACCACGCCGCUGGGCCAGCAGAUCAUGCGGCUGGCCAAGUCCGCCGAGAUGCGCUCCUUCAUGAAGCCGGACGCGGAUCCCUGCCGGGACUUCUACAGCUACGCCUGCGGCAACUUCCCCUCGAUCAACAAGCACACUUCGGAUGUGAGCGACCUUCUGCUCGCCGGCUACCUCCGCCGCGUGGGGCAGCUGCUCAAGGAGCCCCGCAUGAGCACCGACCGGCCGAUGGAGGUGCGCGUGAAGUACUUCUACGAGUCCUGCCUGGACACGGCCGCCCUGCGCCAGAACCGACGGGCCCACGUCAUGCGCAUCCUGCGCGAGUUCGGCGGCAUGCCCGCCGUGGACGGCAAGUCCUGGGACUCAGUCGGCUUCGACGCCGUCGGCAUGAUGGCGCAGCUGCUCCGGCGGUACGGGAAGCUCCCCCUGGUGGGCGUCUACGUGGCCCCGGACUUCGCCAACGCGCAGAUCAACCGCCUCUACAUCGGCCAGCGGCGGGACUUCAAGCACGUGCUCUUCGGCCUGGGAUCGGACAUCACGCACAGGAAGAGCCUGCAGAGCCUGCUGGGCCUCUCCGAGGACGACGCCCACCUCACAGCCUUCGAGGCCUUCUCCCUGGAGCUGGAUCUCUCGGAGAGCGCGGUCGAUCCCCGGAAGGAAGAGGACCCGCGGCUUCACAACCGCCUGACCCUCCUGGCCAACAUGACCGACGCCCACGGACCCGUGCUCAAUCUGACCCGCUUCGUGAGCACCUGGCUGGGGCACGAGUACCACCUGCCGGUGUACGAGUCCGUGCCCAGCUACCUGGUCCAGGUGGAGAAUCUGCUGCUGCAGACGCCCAACCGCAUCCUGGCCAACUACAUGCUCGCCUCCCUGCUGGCCGACUUUGAGAUCGAGGCGGACGAGUCCUACCAGGAGCAGAUCUGCGCCGCCCGGAUCACCGAUCUCUUCCCGGACGUGGUCGACCACAUGGUGUACCACUCCCUGGAGCAGCAGAGUCCGCACUUCGCCAACGAGCUCGGCAGGCUCUGGCUGGAGCUGAAGGCCUCCUUCGAGGAGGUGCUCCGCUCCGAGGAGCUCCACUGGCUGGACGAGGCGACGCGCGGGCAGCUGCUGGAGAAACUCCAGACCAUGGCCUUCGAGAUAGCCGGCGGCCAGCCGGAGGACUUCGAGCAGCGCUACGGAGACCUGGUGGUCAGCUCCGCCGACUACUACGGCAAUAUGCAGCGGCUGCUGGAAGUGCGAGCCGCGAAUCUCCGCAAGGCGCUGGUGCAGGAGUCCUGGAAGCCGAGCUACUACAACGACGGGAUCGUCCACGUCCCGCUCUACCUGCCGGAGGCCAACAAGGUGGUGCUCCCGGCCAGCUUCAUGCAACACCGCUACUUCUGGGACGACGUCUACCCCUCCGCCCUGAAGUACGGCUCCCUGGGCCUCUUUCUCGCCCACGAGAUGGGCCACGGGUUCGACGACCGGAACCGCCUGUUCGACGCCAAGGGGAGCCUGCGGGAAAACUGGCCCCCUGCGGCCAAGACGGGCUUCGACCAGGCGAAGAGGUGCCUGGCGGAUCAGAUCAACAGGAUCCGGUUCGAGGAAGGAGGCUACCGGACUUCGCCUUCCCACGAUUCGCAGGCCGAGGAGAUCGCCGACAACCUGGGCAUCCGCAUCGCGCAGGCGGCCUUCAGCAGGUGGCGGAAGGAGCAGCCGGAUGCGGAUGGCCAGGAUGCGGAGAGCCAGGAUGCGGAGCGCCUGCCCCACCUGUCGCUCUCCCCCGAGCAGCUCUUCUUCCUCGGCGCCGCGCAGACGGCGUGCACCAACUGGCAGCUGGCGUACCAGACGCGGGUCUACCCCAUGAUGGCCAACCUGCCGGCCUUCGCCGCGGCCUUCCAGUGCAGCAACAGCAGCAGGAUGAAUCCCUCGGUUCGAUGCCAGGUGUACUGAUCAAUAAACAGUUCCGCUUCCCAGCGGAAACCCGCGAUAACA